UCUCAUUCGACGUUACUCAGUGAAGCAGUUUAGACGUGUCAGUUCUAUUUCGUGCAAAGUGCUUAACGGUUAUAAAUAUAUCUAUUCAUUUGUAAAAGAAAAUUUAGAGAAAGUUUCUUCUCAACAAACUAACAAAAAAAAAAACAAAUUAAAUCCAAAUUCUUCUUUUUCAAAUCAAAUAAUAAAUAAAAAUAACUCUUAUCACAAUGGCCGAUGUUGCAGUUGAAAACAAAGAGACCCCAGUUGUUGAGAAGAAGGAGGUCGCAGAAGUCGAUGCUGCCAAGAAAGUAGAAUCGGUUGAAAAGACUGCCACAGAAAACGGUGCUGCUGAGGAAGUGGCAAAAGAAAAUGGCGAUGCACCAAAAGAAGCUGCUGACGCCGCUGAUGCUACUGACGCCGCUGCCACAGCUGUUGACGCUAAAGAUGAAGAUUCGACGCCCUCAACAGACGAAGAGCAAAACGGCGAUAAGAAAGACGACGCCGAAGCAGAAGAGACAAAUGGUGACUCAACAGAUGCUCCCGCUGAGGCUGUGAAGAGGAAAGUCGCUUCUGAAGCCGAUGCCAAAUCAGACGAAACAGCCGCCACACCAGAAAAGAAAGCCAAAUUGGACGAAACAAAAGAAGAUGUUACCAAUGGCUCAGAUGCAACUGAAGUAGCGGCUUAAAAUUAAAAUUAAACAAAAAAAAACACAAAACAAACAAAACACAAAACUUAAUAAUUUUAAUAUAAAAACAACAAAACAUAUUUUUUUUUAAACAAACGAAAGAAAGUUUUUUUUUCUAAUUAUGAUGUAUAUGUAUGAUUUUUAAUAUUAUAUAUGUAUGUAUAAAAAAGUGUAUAUUUCCUAAAGCAAACAAAAGGAGGAGAAAAACACAAACAAACAAAUAAAAACAUUUCUCUUAACUCCUGCUCCUCAGGAAAUAUAUAUAAAUAACAAAAAAAGAAGAUAUUCCUCCUACGCGCCCCAUGUAAAAGAAGAUAACAUUACAUACAUUUAUAUAGUUAAAAAGUAACGAUUGUUUAUUUCCGAUCUUACCUGUAAGAAAUUUGAUAAAUAAAAGUAUAAAUAAAUGAUUAUAAGAUGACUAAAAACAAAAACAAAAGGAGUUAUGAAUGCCAACAUGUCUAUGUACUUAUAUGGAAAUGUACCCUUUUUUAAAGAAAAUCCCUUUUGCCACCUUUUUUGUUCCAUUUAAGGAUUAUCAAAAUGUGUUGUUCGUUUAAAAAAAAAAAGAAAAAAAUAUAUCGAGUCCUGAAGAAUUCCUUGUAAAAUUUUAGUAUUGUAAUAAUUUAUUUAUAAGGACAACAAAAAAAAGUAUAUAAAACUUGCAACUCAUUCUUAAAAGGUUAUUUUUUUCCUUUUUACUCAGAACACAAACAAAAAAUCAUACACCUCUUUGUUAGUAAAGAACAAGAACAGACAAAAUGUUAACAACUAAAGAAGCAAAAGUGUCAAAAAAAGAAAAACAAAUUAAAAAGAAAAGUUCAAUAGAUGAAUUAUUAUAUCAAUAUACAUAUAAAAAGAAUUCUGUAAAAAUAUAUACAAUAAACUGACGAGAGGCUUUUUUGGUGAUAUUCAUCAAGUAAAGUCCACGUUGCGUAAAAGAAAAAUACAAAUAAAAAUCGAAAAUAAAAAAGGAAACACUUAUUUAUUGACAAAAAAAGAUAAGAAUAAAAACAACUUUGAACAUCAAUAAAAGAAUACAAGACAUACUGCCUACCUAUUUUUGAUUAUUAAUAAAUAUACUGUAUACAUAGAUUUUUUUAAAUGAAUUUUUACAAAAAAAAUUCUAUUGAGAAUGUUUUUUUUUUUUUAAUUUUAUUUCGUUUUUUAGUUUGAGUUUUGACCGUACUUAAGUUUUGAAUGAUUUUCUGUUCCCAAAUUAAGAUGAAAUGAACAAAUGAAAAAUUGUAAGACAAGAAAGAUGUGGUGAAAAAUAAAAGCAAAAUCAAUAAAAGGGA